AUGACGACUAAGAACCUUCAUCCUCCACAAUCCUUUAUAUCGAGCUACGCUCCGCGAUUACGCACCUAUGCCAACUCGCUAUUGACGCCAGCCAUACAACCCACGACCGCCCACGCCGCUCCCUUGUCCAGAACUACAAAGAGAGGAACAACCGCCAUCAACUAUGCAGAAGAUGGAUUUGAAGAUUAUGACGAUUCCGACCUUGAUAGUAGAAGGAGGCCAACUGGUCUGCGAAGCUUACGGAGAGAUGAACCGGGACAGGAGAAGCAUGACAUAGGCGACAAGGUUGGAAGAGAAGCUAUAGCGCCGGUAGAGGUUCAAGGGAUUUGGAGGGACUGGAUGGGCAAGGCGAAGCCAUCGAAGCCUGACAUGCAAAACUAUGCUCAAACGGCGCUGCCAUUGACCCUCAUACCGAUUCGGAUUGAUCUCGAUAUCCCGGCUUUCGUGCCUCCAGCGCCGCUACCACCACCUCAAGGCGUCGGAUUUGGGCAAAUUGAUACCUCACUACCAGUGUACCGAACCCAAGAGGUGACUGUGCCAUAUCGCCUGAAGGAUAAUUUCCUAUGGAAUCUCCAUGAAACGUUGACGACCACCGACCAGUUUGCCCAAGUGAUGGUGCAAGAUCUGGAUCUCCCAAACAGGGUGCAGAUGGCCAACGAAAUCAGCAAGCAGAUUCGAACACAGUUGGAAGAAUAUGCAGGUGUUGCUCUCCACCCAUUAUUUCAUUCGCAGCCAGCAUCGGCGACAAAUGGCCUGGCGACCACUAUUAAGCCCGGUCAAUUUUCUCCAUCUGCAACGCCAGCCAGCGGAAACGCGACGCCGAUGCGUAGCAGUAUAGCCCAGUUGAACGGGUACUCUACUCCGUUGAAAUCUGCAGAUCGUUCUUCAUCCCAAGAUGUUACCGCUUCAGCAGCCGCUAUUCCACCCGAAUCUGACGACUUCAAUCCAGAUGACAUGUAUCGAUGCAUUAUCACAUUGAGCAUCAACUUGUCCAAUAACCUUUACCAAGACAAAUUUGAAUGGUCACUCCUACAUUCUCCUGGAACGGCGGAAAUGUUUGCCAAGCAAACCUGUGCAGAUCUAGGCCUGCCUGGAGAAUGGGUACCGGCAAUGACACACGCCAUUUACGAAGCUGUAUUACGGCUCAAGAAGGAAGCCUGCGAAAGUGGCGGCCUAGUUGGUGGAUAUGGCGGCGAGAUAUCUAACGAUGCUGCUCAUGGAGCUGAAGCUGGUUGGAGAUAUGAUAAUGAACACCUGGCCGAUGAAUGGGAGCCGAAGGUUGAGCAACUAUCCAAGGAAGAGAUUGAGAAGAGAGAGGGAGAUAGAGAGAGACAAAAUCGAAGGGUAAGACGAGAAACCUCGAGAUUCUCCUCAACCGCUGGAAUGAUGGGGGGCUUGCCACAAGCCGUGGAAAACAGAGGCUACUUCGAUCCUGAACCAAGUGAGGAGCGAAUGGGCAGAGGGGAGCGGAGCAAGAAGAAGCGACGGUUCAGGAGUCUGAGCCCUGUGGGGAGAUCGGGGACUCCCGGUGGAAGAGGGACGCCCGAUGGCGGCGUUGCUGGAUAUGGAGGUGGUGGAUCACUUAAUGAGUACGAACGGAAUAGUUGGAGAUGUUCCCAUUGUAAGGUUUGGGGUACCGCAGUUUGGGCAGUUAGAGAUGGACCACAUGGCGCUAGGACGCUCUGUAAUAACUGCGGUUUCAUUUUCGAGCGCGAUCGGAAGUUGCCUAAAUUUGCGAAAGACUUGCAUAAGACGGACCUGCGUGCUAUUGAUUAUAGAUGA